AUUUCCCGCCCUUUCAUCAUUCGGUCUCUCUAUAUUUCUCUGUCAUAGGGUUUUCAAAUUCCCAAACUGCACAUACUCGAACAAACGAAAUCUCUGCGAUCAAAGAUUAUGGCGGUGCAACUGACGGAAGGCGCAAUAGCGAUGCUAUCUUCUGGGGAAUGGCAACCGGCGGACGUGAAACCUGUGCUUCAGGUGAUAGAACUUCGGGGUAUUCCGUCACAGACUUCUUCUGCUGUAAGUGGAGGAGAAAAACCGGAGAGAUACGGGCUUAUGCUAUCUGAUGGCUUGUUUUUUCAGAAAGCGGUGGUUGCUACUCAUCGGAAUAGUAUGGUUAGAUCUCAGCAGAUGCAGAAGGGUUCUGUUGUUCAGUUGAGGGAGUAUGUCUGUAAUUUCAUCCGUGACCGACCCAUGUUUAUAAUCAUCGACCUUGAUGUGAUUAUUGGAACCUGUGAUCUUAUCGGUGAUGCAAAAUCAUACCCUCCUACAUCAAACUCUGCAUCACCUAUAAACAGUUAUCCCCUUCCAUGGACAGUGUAUCCAAACAGGGGACCCACAGCAAAAAACAAAGCGACACCUAGGAUUAUAUUUAUCCCCAUUGCUGCUUUGAACCCGUGUCAAGGUAGGUGGACUAUAAAAGCCAGAGUGACUUCAAAACAAGAACUUAUACGUUACAACAAUGCAAAAGGAGAUGGCAAAGUUUUUUCCUUUGAUCUUCUUGACUCUGAUGGUGGUGAAAUACGUGUCACAUGCUUCAAUGCUGUAGCUGAUCAAUUCUUUGACCAAAUUGAAAUUGGUAAAGUUUACUACAUUUCAAAAGGCAGUGUAAAACCUGCUUCAAAAGCUUUUAAUCAUUUAAAAAACAACCAUGAAAUCUUACUGAACAACACAUCAACAAUUCAACCUUGCUUUGACGACGGUUCUAUUCCACGUCAGCAGUUUCAAAGAGUUCUAUUGGGUGACUGGUAGGGAGAAGAAGAGAAGAUGGUAGGAGAAAACAUUGACCAUAAUAAUGUUACACAUUAAGCUUGUUUGAACCCUAAGUUUUAUUUUUAAAUUCUUAAUUUAGCACAAAUAUAUAUAUGAAAUUAUGUUUUCAGUCGUUGAAAGGA